UUUAACAAAGUUUAAUUAAUAAUAAUAAUAAUAAGUAGUGAUAUUAUAAAUAGUUUUACACACACGUCGAAUCGCAUUUCACACACAAGCACAGAUCUAGUAAAACGCAAACACGCAAUUCGCAUUUCACACAACCGUCUGGUAAAACGCAAUUCGCAAACGCAGAUUCGCAAACUCUUCUCUGCACCGCCGUGCCGCCGCACCGUCUUCUUCUCCGCCUCACGUUUCCCUUCAUCCUCUUCCAAACCUCAGGUAUGUCGACCUCUCCUCCGAAUCCGACGCUGCCUCGUAAAUGUUCUGACUGCAAGAAGACCUUCAUCCUGCCAACAUCAUGUGUUGUUUGUCCUCUCUGUCUCCAAGACGACAACUUCAUGGCUAUGACCGAAACCGAAUUUCUUAACCAGCCUCUUAAGGAGGUCGAGGACCAUAAAGACGACAGUUCAGACACAACAUUAUUCACAAAAUACAGAGGUGCCAAAUUAUACCGCAAACCUCGACACCCCGGACGCAUCAUUGAAACAGCAUUUCUGAGUGGUGUUAAACUACCACGGGGCACUUAUGUACCAAACAUACUCCACAAUUCUUCUUUGUCGGGCAUACAAUUAGAAGCUGCAGUUCACAUCUGUCAGAGACACACACAGAAAAUCGGUAAUGGUGCGACUGCUGGCUUUCUACUUGGAGAUGGAACUGGAGUUGGUAAAGGAAGAACAAUUGCUGGCGUAAUCCGUGAAAACUGGUCUCAUGGAAGGAAGAAGUCACUGUGGAUUUCCAGUAAUUCCAUUCUGAAUUUGGAUGUCCGAAGAGAUUUGGAUGACGUUGGUGCUAGCUCCAUUAGUGUGCAUCCUUUGAACACACUGUCUUACGAUGAGCUUGGCAUUACCGAGGGAGUCAUUUUCCUGACAUACAGUUGCCUGAUAGCAUCUAAUAAAAACGAUGUUACCCGUAUGGGACAGCUCCUGAAGUGGUGUGGAACUGGGUUUGACGGCCUUAUCAUUUUUGAUGAGUCUCAAAAAGGAAAAAAUUCGAAUCCCAAAAAGGGUAAGCCCACCAAAGCCGCUGAAGCAGUAUGUAAUAUCCAGAUUAAACUACCUAAUGCCCGGGUCGUUUACUCUUCGGCUACGGGUGCUUCUGAACCUCGCGAUAUGGGUUACAUGGUUCGACUUGGCCUUUGGGGAGAUGGAACAUGUUUCCCUGAUUUUGGUGCAUUUAUAGAUAAUAUUGAAAAAGGGGACGUUGGAGCUCUAGAGCUAGUUGCAAUGGACAUGAAAGCAAGGGGCAUGUAUAUAAGUCGUACGCUUAGCUACGAGGGUGCUGAUGUUGCAAUUGUUGUAGCAGUUCUAAAUGAUAAGAUGAUAGAUAUGUACAAAAAAGCCGCAGAAUUUUGGGCGUUUUUGCUUGAGGCCUUGAAGGUUUCCAUUGAGCACCUACCCAACACAGUUAAAGCUAGUAGUAGUUUAUGGGGACAAUAUUGGGCAAGUCAUCAGAACUUCUUCAGACACAUGUCUACGUCGUUGAAAGUAUCAACUGCAGUGAACCUGUCGCUUCUUGCGAUAGACAAAUAUGAAUGUGUAGUCAUAGGUCUACAGAGUACGGGUGAAGCAAGGUUGAGUGAAGCGUUUGCUAAAGAUAAAGCUGUUUCAGAAGAUAAAGCUGUUUCAGAGGAUUUCGAAAAGUCUGUUGCUCCAACUCGGGCAAUUUUGUUAAAAUUUGUUGAAGAAUAUUACCCUGAAGUUGAACAUCCCGCCGCAGCAAUGAAGGGAAAGAGAGAAAUAUUAGAGAUGAUUCGUAAUUUGGAUCUUCCAGAGAAUCCCUUGGAUGAACUUAUUCACGAGUUAGGAGGCCCUGAAAAAGUUGCAGAAAUUACAGGAAGGAAGGCAAGGCUUGUGAGGGACACUAGUGAAAAUGUGAUUUAUAAGAAGCGAAUAGAAAAAGGUGAAACUGUCGAGAUGGUCAACAUGAAAGAGAGAGAGAACUUCAUGGACGGUAGGAAGUUAGUGGCAAUUGUAUCUGAUGCAGGAUCAACUGGAGUUUCGUUGCAGGCACACACCAGUGCACCGAAUAACAAAAGAAGGGUUCAUUUAACUCUAGAACUUCCAUGGAGUGCGGAUCGAGUAAUUCAGCAGCUUGGAAGAACUCAUAGAUCAAGUCAAGCGUCAGUACCAUCAUAUAGAAUACUGAUUACAAAUCUGGGUGGAGAACGCCGGUUUGUAUCAACUAUUGCUAAGAGAUUACAAUCCCUUGGAGCUUUGACACAAGGGGAUCGUAGGGUUGGACCUUCAUUAAGUGCAUACAACUAUGAUAGCAUUUAUGGGACACAGGCUCUGAAGCAUUUGUACACAGUAAUAAUGACAAAGGAUGGUCUUCUUCCCGUGUUACCUCCAGGAUGCGUAUCUGAACCAAAAUGCAAUACAGUUAAGCAUUUCACGACACAAGCAAAAACUGCUCUUGCUUCUGUUGGAAUUUCUGAAGACAUCCUCCAUGGCGCUGAUGAUAACUACGAUAUUGGACAUUUUCUCAACCGGAUUUUGGGAAUAGCUCCUUUGACUCAGAAUAGGCUAUUUGAUUUCUUUGUGGAUAUCUUGAAUCAUCUUAUUCGAGAAGACCGCGAUAAAGGUAUCCUUGGCACAGGCAUUGUUGACUUGAAAGCGAUUGCCCGGGACAGCAAAAAGAAAAUAUAUGUUGAUCUACCGUCUGCGGCUUCGAGUUAUCUGUACACAUUCACAUUGGAUGGAAGAGUUUCAUGGGAGGCUGCAAAGUCCAUGAGGGUUAGGAAUCAGAAGCUUGGAGUUGGUGGUGGCUUCCGCAGGUCCAAGAAGAAGCAUGAUGGAAAACGUCGUGUUAUUUUAGUACUUGUAAGUUUGGCUUCGGGGUAUAAGAUAGUUUGUCCGACUUCUGGCAAUUGUAGUGAUAUCAGUCUGGAAAAUUAUUUAGAAGUAGAUGAAUCUUUAGGGAAGGUCAAACCUCUCUGGGAGCACGAAUAUAAUGCAGCUUCAUCAUGUGAACAAGCUUCAUCAUCUACGGUGAAAGUAAAUGUCUUAGCUGGUGUCAUUCUUCCACUUUGGACUGCAAUCGAAAAGGCUGUGCAGGUCGAACAAAAUCAGAAGAGGUUAUGCAUUGUUCGUUGUAAUAAUAAAAAAUUUGCUGGGCUUCUCUUACCUAAUGCAGCAAUAGCUGAAACUGUGCUUAAAGAUUACCCCCCAUAGGAUGUUAGAAGAAGGGAAAGGAAAGAUUGAGUUGACAUUUAUUAGAUGCUAUCAGGCAACUGUAUGUCAGGAAAAUGGGUGGAUAUAGGUGGAGUUGGGCUCAAAGUUGUCACUUGGUUUAAAUUGUAGAGUUAAUAAGUAAAGUCAAAUUUGUCCGACAAAUGAAGAACGCUUUUCAUAUGGUUGGGUUUGCGAUUUAAGCAAGUUGUUUGGCGCCUUUGGAACGGUUAGACAUAAAAAAAUCUACAUCUAUCUACUACGGGCUCGUUUGGCCGAGCUUUUUUUAGAGCUUA